AUGGCGGAGUUAGCCGGUGUUGCUGGAGGUGGAGACAGGGAAAGAGCACCUUCACCUGCUCGCCUGGCACAUACCUCUGAGAAACAUCCCAGGGGAACACUUACUGAGUUAAAUGUUCUGCGUCGACAUAGAGAAUUGUGUGAUGUUGUUUUAAAUGUAGGAACUAGGAAAAUUUUUGCUCAUAGAGUAAUACUAUCAGCAUGCAGUCCAUAUUUCCGGGCUAUGUUUACUGGUGAAUUAGCUGAAUCUAGGCAGACAGAAGUCACUAUAAGAGACAUUGAUGAACAUGCAAUGGAAUUGUUAAUUGAUUUUUGUUAUACAUCUCAUAUUGUGGUUGAAGAAGCCAAUGUUCAAACAUUGCUCCCAGCAGCUUGCCUUCUUCAACUAGCUGAAAUUCAAGAUAUAUGCUGUGAAUUUCUCAAACGACAGCUAGAUCCAUCGAAUUGCUUAGGAAUAAGAGCAUUUGCCGAUACUCAUUCUUGCCGGGAGCUGCUGAGGAUUGCUGAUAAAUUUACGCAACACAAUUUUCAAGAGGUGAUGGAAAGUGAAGAAUUUCUUCUUUUACCUGUUGGGCAAUUGAUAGAUAUAAUUUCAAGUGAUGAACUAAAUGUUAGAUCUGAAGAACAAGUAUUUAGUGCUGUCAUGUCCUGGGUAAAAUACAACGUUUCUGAGCGGAGGCAACAUUUACCUCAGGUUUUACAACAUGUUCGACUUCCUCUGUUAAGCCCAAAAUUUUUAGUUGGCACUGUGGGAUCUGAUCUUUUGGUUAGAAGUGAUGAAGUAUGUAGAGAUCUUGUUGAUGAAGCUAAGAAUUAUCUUUUGCUUCCACAAGAACGUCCUCUCAUGCAAGGUCCUAGAACACGGCCUCGGAAACCUACCCGGAGAGGAGAAGUUUUAUUUGCUGUCGGGGGUUGGUGCAGUGGAGAUGCCAUAGCUUCCGUAGAGAGAUUUGAUCCUCAAACUGUUGAUUGGAAGAUGGUGGCACCAAUGUCCAAAAGGAGAUGUGGCGUUGGUGUAGCUGUUCUUAAUGACCUUCUUUAUGCUGUCGGUGGUCAUGAUGGACAAUCUUAUUUGAACAGUAUCGAGAGGUACGACCCACAGACCAACCAAUGGUCAUGUGAUGUGGCACCAACAACUUCUUGUAGAACAAGUGUUGGUGUUGCUGUACUUGAUGGGUUCCUCUAUGCAGUAGGGGGCCAAGAUGGUGUCCAAUGCUUAAAUCAUGUUGAAAGGUAUGACCCAAAAGAAAAUAAAUGGAGUAAAGUAGCGCCUAUGACUACUCGAAGGCUUGGAGUUGCUGUUGCUGUACUUGGUGGGUUUUUGUAUGCAAUAGGUGGAUCAGAUGGCCAAUCUCCAUUGAACUCAGUUGAGAGAUAUGAUCCUCGACAGAAUAAAUGGAUUGCUAUGGCCCCAAUGUCUACGAGGAGAAAACAUUUGGGUUGUGCUGUUUUCAACAAUUUAAUUUAUGCUGUUGGUGGAAGGGAUGAUUGUAUGGAGCUCUCUUCUGCUGAACGAUAUAGCCCUUUAUCCAACACAUGGUCCCCCAUUGUUGCAAUGACAUCUCGAAGAAGUGGGGUCGGGCUGGCAGUAGUAAAUGGCCAAUUGUAUGCUGUAGGAGGAUUUGAUGGCACUGCUUACCUAAAAACUAUUGAAGUAUAUGACCCAGAGCAAAAUCAGUGGAGGCUAUGUGGUGCAAUGAACUACAGGCGACUCGGUGGUGGAGUCGGUGUAAUGAGAGCUCCUCAAACCGAGAAUUACUUUUGGUGA